CUUGGGUAUAAAUACUGUAGCUACUUGGUUGUAUUCUCCAGUCUUCGAAUUCACUUCUCUUUUCGACUUCAUUUUUGGGUUGAUUGUCACACUUGGUGCUGCUAUAUUGUUCAGUCAGAUAGUUCCAGAUCCCAGCAGCGGAAGUCGCAUUCGAUUCUGGAAUGUUAGCCCUAACAACCUCGGUCAGGCGCAACUUAAUGCUGCCUUUGGCCUUUAGGUCAUCGGUCUUCCAUUGGCGAAUGUCGGAUUCGUUGGUUACUUCUCCAUCGAUGUUCGUGAUGCGAGUAGGACAUUUCUCGGUGAUUACAUAGGCAAUACCUAGAGAUUCCAAGAAGGAAGUCAUGAGACUCUCCCAAGAAGUCCAGUUCUUGCCAUCGAAGAUCGCGACAGAGGAGAGAAGAGAGUUGGACAUGUUAGAUCUGUGUGAGUGAUCAGCAUCAAUCUAAUCUGAUAGAUGAAAUCAAAGAUCAAGAUGAUCAGAUCCUCAUAGAUCAUAAUCUCCUUUAGAGAUUGAUGCAUCUGGAUCAAGCGAUGUAAUCGCGAUCCGGCAUGGUUUCACCAGCGCUAUGCAGCAGCUGAAGUGAAUACAGAUAGGCUAAAGACGCUGCUCAUCGUCGCAGCCAGUGACGGCGCAUACAAUGAAUGUCGCGGCCACUGAGGCGCAGACAUAGCUCUCGGGGCCCAUAACCUGUUGAGCACUGGGGAGAGCGUCUAGCGGCUCACCUGUGUGAGUGAGAGCUUAGUGUGGGCACUAUGCAGG